CCGCCCAGCGAGCGCGGGAGCCAGCGCCGGCCCGAGCCGCGGCCCCGCCAACGUCCGCGCCCCGACGGCCGCCCCCGGCCGCCGCCGCCGCCGCCGCCGCGGGGCCCCCGAGGCCACCAUGAAGAAGGAGGUGUGCUCCGUGGCCUUCCUCAAGGCGGUGUUCGCGGAGUUCCUGGCCACCCUCAUCUUUGUCUUCUUCGGUCUCGGCUCGGCCCUCAAGUGGCCAUCGGCACUGCCCACCAUCCUGCAGAUCUCCCUGGCCUUUGGCCUGGCCAUAGGCACCCUGGCCCAAGCCCUGGGGCCGGUGAGUGGAGGCCACAUCAACCCCGCCAUCACGCUGGCGCUCUUAGUAGGCAACCAGAUCUCUCUGCUCCGGGCUGUCUUCUACGUGAUAGCCCAGCUGGUGGGUGCCAUUGCCGGAGCAGGCAUCCUUUACGGAGUGGCACCGACCAACGCCCGGGGCAACCUGGCUGUCAAUGCGCUCAACAGCAACAUCACAACAGGCCAGGCGGUGGUGGUGGAGCUCAUCCUGACCUUCCAGCUGGCACUCUGCAUCUUCUCCUCCACUGACUCGCGCCGCACCAGCCCGGUGGGCUCCCCAGCCCUGUCCAUUGGCCUUUCUGUCACCCUGGGCCACCUUGUGGGGAUCUACUUCACUGGCUGCUCCAUGAACCCGGCUCGCUCUUUUGGCCCCGCAGUGGUCAUGAAACGGUUCAGCUCCACGCACUGGGUGUUCUGGGUGGGACCCAUCGUGGGGGCCGUGCUGGCUGCCAUCCUCUACUUCUACGUGUUGUUCCCCCACUCCCUGAGCAUCAGUGACCGUGUGGCCAUCGUCAAGGGCACAUAUGAGCCAGAGGAGGACUGGGAGGAGCAGCAUGAGGAGCGCAAGAAGACCAUAGAGCUAACCGCCCGCUGACCGGCGUCAGGCGGGGUGGAAAUCACAGGAGAAAAAAGAAGAAAAAUAUGACUGCAGAGCUUCCUUCCCAUAGCUGGUUCUCUUGGCUGGGGAGGAGGUGCUGGCGCCUCAGGCUGUGCAGUUUGCGAUGAGAGCAGGACCAUGAGGGAUGCUCUGUGAGGGGCCAGAGCAGGAGUCUGGUGGGGACAAGUUUUUCUGGGACAGGGCAGAUUGUGCUGCUGUAAUGUCAGACCUCAGAGAUUAGAAAGGUCGUGCCAAGCUCGCAUGCUGCCCUGAGGCCAGGCCAGAAAGGAGUGGCUGUGUCUGCUUCCCCACCUUCCCCAACCCUCAAGACUUAAAGCCAGGCCCUGGGGGACCAACACAGCCCCCGCCCCAGAGCACCUCAGCAGGGAGACAGGCUGUUUCCUCGAAAGUCACCUUAUUUAUUUGAUGCUUGGAAUGGGGCUGCUGGUGUUUGGGUUGGGGAUUCCCAAUAAAACACUGAUCCUCA